UGUCUCUGUUUAGUAUUUCUACAGUCUCCUCUCUCAGCUGUCUCUGUUUAGUAUUUCUCCAGUCUCCUCUGUCAGCUGUCUCUACUCUCUGUCUGCUGUUUUUACUGUCUCUGUUUAGUAUUUCUCCAGUCUCCUCUGUCAGCUGUCUCUGUUUAGUAUUUCUACAGUCUCCUCUGUCAGCUGUCUCUGUUUAGUAUUUCUCCAGUCUCCUCUGUCAGCUGUCUCUACUCUCUGUCUGCCGUUUUUACUGUCUCUGUUUAGUAUUUCUCCAGUCUCCUCUGUCAGCUGUCUCUGUUUAGUAUUUCUACAGUCUCCUCUGUCAGCUGUCUCUGUUUAGUAUUUCUCCAGUCUCCUCUGUCAGCUGUCUCUACUCUCUGUCUGCUGUUUUUACUGUCUCUGUUUAGUAUUUCUCCAGUCUCCUCUGUCAGCUGUCUCUACUCUCUGUCUGCUGUUUUUAAUGUCUCUGUUUAGUAUUUCUCCAGUCUCCUCUGUCAGCUGUCUCUGUUUAGUAUUUCUCCAGUCUCCUCUGUCAGCUGUCUCUACUCUCUGUCUGCUGUUUUUAAUGUCUCUGUUUAGUAUUUCUCCAGUCUCCUCUGUCAGCUGUCUCUACUCUCUGUCUGCCGUUUUUACUGUCUCUGUUUAGUAUUUCUCCAGUCUCCUCUGUCAGCUGUCUCUGUUUAGUAUUUCUACAGUCUCCUCUGUCAGCUGUCUCUGUUUAGUAUUUCUCCAGUCUCCUCUGUCAGCUGUCUCUACUCUCUGUCUGCUGUUUUUAAUGUCUCUGUUUAGUAUUUCUACAGUCUCCUCUGUCAGCUGUCUCUGUUUAGUAUUUCUACAGUCUCCUCUGUCAGCUGUCUCUGUUUAGUAUUCUACAGUCUCCUCUGUCAGCUGUCUCUACUCUCUGUCUGCUGUUUUUAAUGUCUCUGUUUAGUAUUUCUACAGUCUCCUCUGUCAGCUGUCUCUGUUUAGUAUUUCUACAGUCUCCUCUGUCAGCUGUCUCUACUCUCUGUCUGCUGUUUUUAAUGUCUCUGUUUAGUAUUUCUACAGUCUCCUCUGUCAGCUGUCUCUGUUUAGUAUUUCUCCAGUCUCCUCUGUCAGCUGUCUCUACUCUCUGUCUGCUGUUUUUAAUGUCUCUGUUUAGUAUUUCUACAGUCUCCUCUGUCAGCUGUCUCUGUUUAGUAUUUCUACAGUCUCCUCUGUCAGCUGUCUCUACUCUCUGUCUGCUGUUUUUAAUGUCUCUGUUUAGUAUUUCUACAGUCUCCUCUGUCAGCUGUCUCUGUUUAGUAUUUCUACAGUCUCCUCUGUCAGCUGUCUCUACUCUCUGUCUGCUGUUUUUAAUGUCUCUGUUUAGUAUUUCUACAGUCUCCUCUGUCAGCUGUCUCUGUUUAGUAUUUCUACAGUCUCCUCUGUCAGCUGUCUCUACUCUCUGUCUGCUGUUUUUAAUGUCUCUGUUUAGUAUUUCUACAGUCUCCUCUGUCAGCUGUCUCUGUUUAGUAUUUCUCCAGUCUCCUCUGUCAGCUGUCUCUACUCUCUGUCUGCUGUUUUUAAUGUCUCUGUUUAGUAUUUCUACAGUCUCCUCUGUCAGCUGUCUCUGUUUAGUAUUUCUACAGUCUCCUCUGUCAGCUGUCUCUACUCUCUGUCUGCUGUUUUUAAUGUCUCUGUUUAGUAUUUCUACAGUCUCCUCUGUCAGCUGUCUCUGUUUAGUAUUUCUACAGUCUCCACUGUCAGCUGUCUCUACUCUCUGUCUGCUGUUUUUAAUGUCUCUGUUUAGUAUUUCUACAGUCUCCUCUGUCAGCUGUCUCUACUCUCUGUCUGCUGUUUUUAAUGUCUCUGUUUAGUAUUUCUACAGUCUCCUCUCUCAGCUGUCUCUACUCUCUACUCUCUGUCUGCCGUUUUUAAUGUCUCUGUUUAGUAUUUCUACAGUCUCCUCUGUCAGCUGUCUCUACUCUCUGUCUGCUGUUUUUAAUGUCUCUGUUUAGUAUUUCUCCAGUCUCCUCUGUCAGCUGUCUCUACUCUCUGUCUGCUGUUUUUAAUGUGUCUGUUUAGUAUUUCUCCAGUCUCCUCUGUCAGCUGUCUCUACUCUCUGUCUGCUGUUUUUAAUGUCUCUGUUUAGUAUUUCUCCAGUCUCCUCUGUCAGCUGUCUCUACUCUCGGUCUGCUGUUUUUAAUGUCUCUGUUUAGUAUUUCUACAGUCUCCUCUGUCAGCUGUCUCUGUUUAGUAUUUCUCCAGUCUCCUCUGUCAGCUGUCUCUACUCUCUGUCUGCCGUUUUUAAUGUCUCUGUUUAGUAUUUCUACAGUCUCCUCUGUCAGCUGUCUCUACUCUCUGUCUGCCGUUUUUAAUGUCUCUGUUUAGUAUUUCUACAGUCUCCUCUGUCAGCUGUCUCUACUCUCUGUCUGCCGUUUUUAAUGUCUCUGUUUAGUAUUUCUCCAGUCUCCUCUGUCAGCUGUCUCUACUCUCUACUCUGUCUGCUGUUUUUAAUGUCUCUGUUUAGUAUUUCUACAGUCUCCUCUGUCAGCUGUCUCUACUCUCUGUCUGCUGUUUUUAAUGUCUCUGUUUAGUAUUUCUACAGUCUCCUCUGUCAGCUGUCUCUACUCUCUGUCUGCUGUUUUUAAUGUCUCUGUUUAGUAUUUCUACAGUCUCCUCUGUCAGCUGUCUCUACUCUCUGUCUGCUGUUUUUAA